UUCAAUUCUUUUUCAAAAAACGCGUAUAUCCUAUUCUUGUGUAAGAAGCUGUGUGUGUAUGGUUCACUCUUUUCAUACUUCCAAAUUUCCUUCAUGCCUUCAUUCCUUCAUUACUUCAUUUCAGUUUACCACCGUCAUGGAACCCUAGAAUCAAUGUGGCGCUCAGUCUAAUUUCUUCUCCGUUCGUCCGACCACCGUCACAGUCACGGCCUUCUUGUGUUCGCCACCAUCACCGCUCGCCACCAUCUGUUUUAUUUUGUUGAGACACAAACAGCAACCCCUUUCUCCAAAUUUGAAAAGCGCAAUGCCCAUAACAGUUGAGAGUUCAAGUGUUUCCCCACUACUCCUAUCAAGGACAUGUUUGACACAGACUAAGUCAGAGGCCACAAGAGUUUUUCUGUCGGGGAAUAAAUUCUUGACAACCUCAAUUACUAUCUCUCGGAAGACAAGUUGUACCUCCUGCAGAUUUGUCCAAUCGAAAUCAAGUCCAAAUGUUGGUCGUCCUGUUGAGAAGGAUAAAAAAGGGAAUAAAAUAAAGGGUAAGGUAGAACACCACUUGUGGAAAAGAAGAAAUUCAGCUCAGUCUGGCCAAAAAGCACUCACUCUUGUCAGAACUAUCUGUGAACUCCCUAAUGAGAAAGAGAGUGUUUAUGGAGCUUUAGACAAAUGGACGGCUUGGGAAACAGAGUUUCCAUUGGUUGCAGCGGCUAAGGCUUUAAAUAUCUUAAGGAAAAGGGGUCAGUGGGUUCGUGUAAUUCAAUUAGCCAAAUGGAUGUUGAGCAAAGGACAAGGUGCAACAAUGGGAACAUAUGACACCCUUCUUCUGGCGUUUGAUAUGGACCAAAGGAUAGAUGAGGCAGAAUCCUUAUGGAAUAUGAUUAUUCAUGCCCACAUGCGCUCUGUCUCAAAGAGACUUUUUUCUAGGAUGAUUUCAUUGUAUGAUCAUCAUAAUCUGUCAGAAAAGAUUGUAGAGAUUCCUUGCAGUUGGUUGGAAAAUCUGCAGCCAAACAAUUUAGACUGGCUGAUCAAAGAUCUGAUGGCUAAGUUUCAACUUAGAAUUUUGAAUCUGAUAUACAAAAAUGAAAUUGAGUCUGUCAAACUUGAUUUGAUGGUCUGGAUUGCAUGGUUGAGGCAGAUACAUAAACCCCUAAUAAUUGCAUGGGAUCUGGAUCCACUCACCACACUUCACCUUAACAUGAUUUAUGUUCAGCAUAUGACUGCCAGGAAAAUUCUCUUUGCAACAUUGACUCUAUCACUCACCGUCUUAUUUGAUAAAAUCAAUGUGAGUCUUAUACUUUAGAAAUGGGUCCCACAUAAAGUGGUGAGACCCACAUUGAUUUCACGGAGUAAGAUAUGGUGUUAGAGUGAGUAUUGGAAAGAGAGUAUUCCUAACUUUCCUCAUGUUUACCAAUAUUGGAUUUUAUUUUCAAUUCAUUGACAUUCUAUCUAAUU